AUGAAGGUCGCGGAGAUAUUGUCGGAUCUCACGUCAUUACGCGUGUGUGAUCACCAUGCCGCUCUGGCCUUGGUAAAUACUCACCAGAUAACCCUUGACACAUCCUCAUCAUCCCAAUCGGACCCGACCGCGACGGACGCGAUUUCGUCAAAGAAGAACGUGGACCUUCAACGAGCAAAGGAACUGGUGGAGCUUCACUAUGAGGUCAAAGCACGGCAUGUCAACGGCCAAGUCGAUAUCAAUCUUCAACAGGCGCGUGCCGAUGUCCAACAAGUCCUCAGGGAACUUUCGUGA